AUGUGUGGGGGUGCCAUGCAAGUCGCAGCAGCAACAGAAACUGGAUCUCCAACCUCGCCGCACCCGGUGGACUUGGGCGACAGUGCUUCGGAGGUUAUAUCUGGGAAUGUUAUGUUGCAUUUUGCUUCGAAAAUACUCAGACAGAGGCAGAAUGGGGAGUUUGGGAGGCUCAGCUUCACUGGGGCCACCCUCGCAGCCGUUGUUGCUGUUGUUGCUGCAUACUUGGUGCUCCGCUGCGCUCUGCACUUGUCGAUAACCAGAAAGAGCAUAGAAGCACAGCGAUUUCUUGCAGAAGCAGAAUUUCCAAAAAGCAAAGGCAAGGGAGAGCCUUGCGGCGCCCCUGAGAGGGGUUCUUCUGGUGGCCCUCCUGCUGGUGCAGAUGCUGCUGCCGCUGCUGUGGAAGAGGAAGAGGAAGAGGAAGAAGCUCCUGUUCUGAGGGAUUUGUUGGUACGGGCACGCCGUUAUGCAGCUGACUUGGCGCAGCUUAUAAGGAAAAGCGGACGGCUUGUGGUGAACCUGGACUCCCACCUGAAAGCCAGGUGUGUAGCAGAGUUCUUGUGUUUGUGUGUGGUGGAGUUUUCUGCCUUGUUCUCCCUGUUGGAAAGGAAAGAGAGGGCCGGCAUCAGAGAAAUAAUCUCUAAAAUAUCAUCCCAUCUAUUUAGCUUUCGUCGCAGCUUUGGCAGGGGAGAGAUUUCCCACACGCGGUUCCGGCAUAUUCGAUGUGUCCACGCGCUCCUCAAUAGGCUCGCAGACGUCAGACCGUCUGCAGGAGCCCUCCAGGAGAAGCAGCGAUUGGUGAUGAUCAAGCACCUGCUGCAGCUUCAGGAGCUAGCCUUGGCUCAGCUCAGUGCUGGUAUUUUCUGGCUGAGCAUGUCUCAACAGAUGUUGGAGAAAGCAAGAAGCAAACCCAAAGGGGCUCCUGCAGCUGCUGAAGGCGCUGCUCCCCCCACUACUGCUGUGGCUCUCAAGAAUACUGCAGAAACUAGAAACAGAACUGCUGCAGCUGCUGCAGGUGACUCUGCAGCUGCUGCAGGUGACUCUGCAGCUGCAGCCGCUGCUGCAGGUGACUCUGCAGCUGCUGCAGGUGACUGUGCAGCAGCUACAGGUGACUCUGCAGCUGCUGCAGGUGGCUCUGCAGCUUCUGAAGCUGCUGUGAAAGCGCCCCCUUCAGCAGUUUCUAUAGCAGCUAGUAAAGUUAUUUCAGCUGUUGUGGCUAUAGAACUUACCGUCCAUAGGCGCAGGGAACAAGUUCUUCACAUUCCGCAGCUAAGCUAUUGGCUGAGGGAGGCGCAUGAAAGGCCCUUUCACUACGGUCUUUUAAGUCGUUUCCGCAUCGACCGGAUAGCCCAAAGACCCCUCCAAACCCAUAAGCAACAAAUUCAAACCUUGCAAGAUACUCCACUUGGAUCCGGAGAAGAGCCCUGGGAGAACGCGCGCCUCAAGAGGAUUCUCUCCAGGAAGAGGGGCGUUGCCAAAUACCUCCCGUGGGAGGCUUUAACGGCCACCAGACCAUCUCCUUCUGAAGGCCCAAGCAGUGCUCCGGGCUCCCCAGGGCCACUGACGUCCCCUGGCCAAGGCCCACAAGCAGAGGCCGACGAUGACGGACUCGCUCUUGCUCCCUUGUCCCCCAGCGCGUCUACUGGUGAAGAUACUCUUGCUGAGGAGGAGGAGGAGGAGGAGGAGGAGGAGGAGGCAAACGUACUGUCUUCCAGUCCUUUCAACGAAGAGCAUCCCCGUGUUCUGCCUAAUGAACUUACAUCUGUCCCGGUGCCUGUUGCUACAUUGCUUCCCCACUCCUCCGCAUUUUCCACCUCUCCAGAGCUUGCUCCCGCCCCCUCAGCUCUCGACCACUCGCCGGAAGUCACGCGGGCCUCCACCGUCGUGGAUGCCCCUUCUGUCGGGAGACCUUGCGAGUCUUAUCAGUUUUCUGGACCUGUCCCGCGACUUCCACCUAGUUCAUUCAGGGCACCUAUUUCUUCAAGUGCUUAUUCUUCUCACGCCUCCACUUCCUCUGCCUUCGACCUUGCUGCUCAGGAUCCCGCGAUUACCGCCGUUUUGGGUGCAUUGCCUGCUUCCACAACAGGACUGCUCGCCUUGCCUGCCUCUGGAGCACAGCCACCAGUAUCAGUUUCUCAACAGGAUGGCUUUGACAGAACACCGGGUGCAUCAAGGCCCCGCCGUCCCGCUGACAGAUUUGGAGCUCCUUUUGUGUCUUUUAUGCCUUGUGGAAGUUCUCUUGUUUUCCCUGCACCUACCGAGGCAGCCUGGCCGUUGCACAGCCCAUGGAUUGAUCAAAGCAUUCUUCGCGACUUCGAUGAGCCCACUCGGGCCGCCAUUGAUGCAGGAUUUGAGGCACUUGGGAGAAUCUUUAGUGGCAUCCCACAGACUCGCGAAGCAAUUCCCUUUGGACAGUUUCCAGCGGCAGCAACAAAUCCCGCACCUGAUGCUGUAGCAAGUCCUGCAACAGUUCAGAUCCCCUCCGUGUUAACUGAAUCUGGUGAAACGAGCUAUUCACUUCCAGGAGCCAGUUUGGAGGGGAGUUCCGGGUUUUUUUCUCGUUCUUAG